CCCGAACGCAACAACAGUAUUCAACAAUCCGCCAUGGCCUCGACUCCACGCAGCCCGACCGAGCCGACGACGGCCGCGCCGAUCGACACGGUGCCACUCGUGUCCCAGGCCAAGUCGCUCCUCCAGGCCAUCACCGGCGACCUCAAGGGCGCGUCGCAGACUCAAGACAACUUCUCGCGCGGGUGCCCCGUCGUCUCGCAGGUCCGCGCGGUCGUCGAAGACACGAUUAUCCAGGACCCGGCGGCCGCCGCUCGCACGCGGAGCCACUUUAGCUCCUUCUCAAUGGACCACUGCCUCUUCCUCUCGCAGGCCAAGUCGCUCGUGCAGGUGCUAAAGGGCGAUGCGAAGGGCGCGCUGCAGACGCAAGAGAACUUUUCCCGCGGUUGCGCCGUCGUCUCGCAAGCGCGGUCGCUCGUCGAGUCGACGCUCCUGCGCGAUCCCGCCGCGGCGCUCAAGACGCAAGAAUACUUCCUCGGCAAGCAGAGCGAGGCCGCGCCGGCGCCGGCCACCACCGACGACGACGACACGUGGACGACAACGCGGGACCCGAAUCUGGAGUGCGUCGUGUGUCUCUCUGCGACCAAGAACGUGCUGCUCCUGCCGUGCAAGCACCUCUGCCUCUGCACGAGCUGCUCGGCGCACAUCACGUCCGAGUGUCCACUCUGCAAGACCAAGAUUGAGGCCAAGACGACCGUCUUCAUCUAGUUGAGAGGCGUCCUAUAGUAUAUGUAGAUGAACGUGUAUUCUCUUUGCUGGUAAGAGCCUUGCAUACGUAGAGAGCUCUGUCUUCAUUGCGGCUCGUCCGUAAUCGCUUGCGGCUGCGGGUGAGGCCAAUGACAACAAGCUCCGUCAAGGUGUC